AUGUCGGACGAGGGUCUCCGCCAGCGGUCGAACAAGACCACUAUCGGCGCAACUGCCACGAAAGACGCCACAGCCCGUGCCCGUGAAGAUGACGAGGGACCAGGCAUUUCCCUCCUCGAUAUCGCGCGAAUUCUCGUGACGAUCAUAGGCCUAUCAUGUGCCCUCUCGUACUACCUGACAUCCGGCGAGUCCCUGAUAUGGGGCUACAAAGCCUGGUUCACGAAUCCGAACGCUGUUGUCCAGUAUUUGAAGGGACCGGUCAAUCUCACUCCGGACGAGCUGGCACAGUACGACGGGUCUGACGAGCAGAAGCCGAUAUACCUGGCCAUCAAUGGUACCAUCUUCGACGUAUCCGCCGGCCGCCACACAUACGGACCUGGUGGCAGCUACAGCGUCUUCGCGGGUCGGGAUGCUACCAGAGCCUUUGUGACGGGGUGUUUUCUUGAGGACCGCACUUCGGACUUGAGAGGGGCCGAAGAGAUAUACCUGCCCGUUGAGGAUCUGGAGGAGGACCUAGGUAGUGGAGAGCGGAAGAAGAGAGCAGAGAGGGAGAGGAGGGACGCAAGGAAGAAGGUGGCUGCGGAGGUAGAGAAUUGGGAGAACUUCUACAAGAAAUCAAAGAAAUACUUUGAAGUUGGGCAGGUGGUGGGCGUCGCAGAGCCCUCAGGCCCUGCUCCGACACUAUGCAAUGCAGCGGAAAAGGGACGUCCGAAGCGCAGUAAAAUGAACAAGAAAGAGGCAUCUCCUGGAAAGCCUGUGCAAUAG